CCUCAAAGAAGGUUCAGUUUGGAACCAAGGGCUACCAGAGGCCAUCAACUGUUAAAUCAGGCAAUUUCUUUGAAAGAACUGUGAAAAUGAACAGUUCUGAGAAAUACAAAGUACAAGAGAAUAAUUUUAUGAAAUAAGAGGAAAGAAUCUCUUUUUAAUAAGACAACUAGCAACCCUUCUAAGGUGUUAGGGCACAAGAACAUUUUCAAGGGGUCUUUCCAGAGCAAGCUCCUCGAAUAACUUAUGUUUAGAGUCUAAUAAAUAUCUCCAUUGAAGAGAUUCCCAAGAAUUUAUUCCUUUUACAGGCACAAAAGUGCAUGUAAACAAAGCCAAGAAGACUAAGAGAAAGUCAGAAGUGAAAUCUAAGUUCAAUUUUACGAAAAUCAAGAAGUCUAAUAAUACUAAGAAGGGGUUGAGUUCUACUAAAUUUGUCCAGAAAAGAAAGAGCUCUCCAAAGAGAGACAACAUGAAUCAGAAAUAAGCUUCUCGACACAAACGUGUUCAAUUUCAGUGGAGCCAUCAGCAAGCACUCCUCAAUCGGUAGAAUGAAGGAGAUAAAUGAGAGCGAUAUAAUGAAUGUAUCUGCUCCAGUGAAGAUUUCUCAAUACAUUUCUAGCUCAAAGGCAAAAUUUGAGAGGAAGAAAAAUAGCCAUCAAAGUAAUAUUUUUGUGUCAAAUAGUCCUCAUAAUAAGGUAAAGAAAGACUCAAUAACUUUUAAACAUAAAAUGGACUUCAAUAAGACAGUCAAGGCUGAAACUCCAAAGAACUUACAAGGAACAGUAGAUUCUAUUACUAAAGCAAUGAAGAUAGCACAUAAAGUGCAAGAGAAGUGAUAUUUCAAGAAAUACAGAGGAGAAUAUCAGCUUAGCGGUGUCCAGAAUACAUUAGGUAGCUUUAUGAGCUCCUCUAACUCUAAAGGGUAUAAUGAAAAAGACUGAGACAACAAUCCUUUGAUAAUUACAAAAAUCAAAAGAGUUAAUGACUCAGUUUCUAGUGUACAGAACAUAGUAAAAAUGAGAACUAAGGAGAGGAGUAAUACUGUGAAGAAGCGAACUGCAUCUGAGAAUCGUGUAAAAUCUGCCUUGAGAAAACCUAAUUCUAAAAUAAAUGAUCUGGAGCAUUAUCAAUGAAGACAGGAGAAAUUUAAAAGAAGCAAGGAAAGUCUAAAUUUGAGUGGGCCUAUAGCUAUUAAUUUUUUCCCAAAGAAUAAUAAUGAGGCUAAUAUUCUGGGAAAGACAGCCACUACAGCUAUCAGCCCGAUGAAUAUGAGUAUUAUCAAUUCCACAAAGCAUAAAUGAGGUACCAAAAUAUGUGAAAAGAGGACAAGCGUAUCUCGAAAGAAUAAACUAAGAGACCGAAAGAAGAAGAAAAUGAGCUAUGAAAGUUUCAAAAAGAGAUACACUGAAGCCAAAUCCUGAAGCCGAUCUAAAGAGACCAAGAGGAGAAACCAGGAUAGUCUCAGGACUAAAGCAAAGAGGUUUAUUGAUAAUGACUUCAACUUUCAAUAUAAAGCUGAAGGAAGACCUCUUAAGAAGAAGUUGGGGAAUUACUCAAAGCAGAAGAAUAUCAGAAAUAGUUGUGAGAAAGUGGUUUCCCAUAAUUUUUCAGACAUUAGCUAUUGAACUGAUGGGGCUGAUUCCUCUCACUUCGAAAGGUACAUCAUUGGGAAGAAGAUCGGCCAAGGAGCUUACGCAAUGGUCAGAGCAGGCAUUGAUAGUAAUAAUAACAAUAAAGUGGCAAUAAAGAUCUACGAUAAAGAAAACCUCAAGGAUUCUCAAAAGCGGAAAGGAGUCCGUCGGGAAAUCAAACUCCUUGAAAGAAUGAAGCACAAAAAUAUUAUUCAACUCUUCGAAGCAUUUGAUUAUAAAGAUAAGGUAUAUCUUGUGAUGGAGAAUGUGCUUGGAGGAUCUCUGCAUUCAUUACUAAAGUCUAGACCAAGAAAGCAGCUGAAAGAGAUAGAAGCAAAGAAACUAUUUUAUAAAAUUGCAUGUGCCAUAGACUACUGACAUUCUAAAAAUAUUACUCAUCGGGAUAUCAAACUUGAAAAUAUUUUACUAGAUGAGAGCAAGACAGAAGUUAAGCUUAUUGAUUUUGGUUUUUCUACUUGUAUUCCAAAUGAAAAAUAAGAUUAAAAUCUUUUGUGGAACGCCAAGCUAUAUGGCACCUGAGAUAGUUUCUAAAAAGGAAUUCCGAGGACCGCCGGCUGAUAUAUGGGCUCUAGGAGUUCUUUUAUACGCUCUUUUAUGAGGAAAAUUUCCUUUUAAAGGUAAAACAGAUCAAGAGUUAUUCUCAAGAAUUUCAAAAGGUUAUAUUGAUAUUCCAGAUCAUAUGUCGGAUAUGGCAAAAUCUCUAUUGCUAAAAAUGAUUAAAGUUGAUCCUGAAGAAAGGAUUAUCGCAUCUAAGAUCUUACGUGACCCUUGGCUGACUUGUAAAGAAUCAUUUUCAAAAGAUGUAUAUCGAUUGAACAGCAAUAUUUCUAAUUUAUCUACUCUCCACACAAAAGGAGAAACCAGAAGGACUACUAUAAUGGAUACAUCUCCUUAUCGGGACUUGGACUCCAUCAAGAAUGCCGAUAUGCCGUAUGAAGCCUACUUCCCUUGUGACAAUAGGAAGAUGUCAAAGGAUAUGAACUAA